GUUCAAAAAGUAAAUUGAUUCAUUUGCAUAUUAUUCUGUCAAUUAUAUUCCUUUUUUUUUUAGGUUUCUUUAGUAGGAAUGAAAUUUUAAAUAGAAAUAAUCUGAUCUAUAAAUUUUUUUUUUAAUAGAGAGUAAAAUCCAAUCUCAGCUUCUCUUGCUACAUGUAAGUUCUAUUCCCCUACAGCUAGUCCACUAAACUGGUUUUAUAAUCUCUAAACCUCCAUAACCUAAUGGCACAUUCGCGUGAACCACCUUCGAAUCAAGCACCAUUUGGUUGGUGGGUGCAAUAUGAUUAGUGAUAUCAUAGUCUGUAGAACUAUAAACCAUGCAUAAUUUCUUUUUCUCUGAUGUUGAAGCAGGCUUUGCUUCUUCGGUGUCAGGGAAAGUGAGAUCAUAGCUGAAAAGAUAAUGCAAUAUUCUCUGAGAUGAAAUCAAAGUCAAUGGGCUGUGACUAUCCGAAUUAAUGUUGUUCGGCUUUUGAAGCUUUCAAAUAUUCUUCACCUUCCUUACACUGCUCAGCCAUUUUUCACUUCAUUUCUUUUAUUUCCCUCAAAUAUUUUCGUGUCCUGGACAUUGAUUCGCUGUUUCCUUUGAUAGAUUUUUUUUUGUUUUGGACGUAAUUCAGGAGACAGCCAUAUUGCUCUCAACAUGUUUGAUUUUAUGCCUGAACAAGCUCCAAUUAUCCUACCGUGACUUCUACAUAAACCAUAAACCCUAAUUUAUAUACUCAUUCACCAGUAGUAGUAAAAAACAAAUCGCCAAUUUACUAAUGGCAACAGCUAGUACUGCGAGUAGAAUAACAAGGAAAAUAGGGAUUGCAGUGAAGAAAGCAGUAAGUAGAAAAAAAGGAUGGUACGACCUCCACAUGGCUGCGGCCUCAGGUGCCAUUGCUCAACGACUUCCAUUGGUCGAUCUCGUAGCUGAGAUCAGAGACGCCAGGAUUCCUUUAUCAUCUGAAUAUGAGCUGUUGAGAGACUUCCCCGCUCUUUCUAAACGAAUUGUUGUGAUGAACAAGAUAGACCUCGCAGACCAAACACAAGUAAAGGGAUGGAUGAGAUAUUUUGAGCAACAAAAUUGCAUUCCUUAUGGAGUCAAUUCCCAUAACAAGGACAGUGUGAAAGGGCUGCUUAAUUUUAUACAAGCUCAAGUUAGGGGACUGUGCAAAGCUAAUCAUCAUGCUAGUGAGACAAUAACAAUAAUGCUAGUGGGGAUUCCUAAUGUUGGUAAAUCAGCACUAGCUAAUUCUUUGCAUCAGAUGGGGAGGAUUAGUGCUGCAGAGAAAGGAAGGUUGAAGCAUGCAACUGUGAGUCCUCAGCCUGGAGAGACAAAAGAUAUCAGCAGCUUCAAGAUUGGUAGCCAUCCCAAUAUCUAUUUGUUGGAUACUCCUGGUAUUUUGCCCUGUAUGAUUCAUGAUGCUGAGCUUUGCUCCAAACUAGUAUUAACAGGGGCAAUUAGAGAUGGUCUGAUUGAGCAGAAGGAACUUGCUCGAUAUUUUUUGGCCAUUCUUAACUUAAGUGACCAAUACAAGAAAUGGGCAAAAUUUUCAGCCAAUGAGGAUAGGCUGUUGUCAUUUAUAGAGCACAAAGAAGAAGGUUCAAUUAGCUCUAAGCUGGAGAUGAGACAGAAAAAGCAGCAUAUGAUGGAUCACACUCAGUUGUUGAUGCAGGACUUGAUUGUGAAUGAUGUUCGUGGGACUAUCUUUGAUACCAUUUCAUGCUUUGAUGGUGAUAUAGAGCUGGAGGAGGAUAUGAUAAAACUUAUGGAGGCAGAGUUGGUAGCAUUGAGGGACGCUUUCCGUGUUCCACAAGGAUUAGGUGAAUAUGUCUUCAAUAGAGUUGUUGGUGUUAAGUUGCUAGAUUUGUAUCGCAGUGGGAGGCUCGGGCAUUAUACUUUAGAUACACUCCCUCUAACACUUCAUCAUCCCCUCUAAUCUAUAUCUACAUUGCCUGUACAAACUACAUUUUUGUCCGUUAAAUUUAAUCCAAAGCUUUUCAUACCAUUUAACCA